GGAAAAUCCCCAAGCUGUACUCAGAGGUGGAAGUGAGCUCUCAGAGGGAUCUGGAUCCCAGUGAGAACCCCGGGCCAGUGCCAGAAUCUGCUGCCAGAAACCCCAGCACCGUCAGGCCACCCAAGAACAGCAGAGCUGAGGAGCAGGACGGGGAGGACGCGGAGAGGAGGAAGAGGAGGAGGAAGGCGAGCAAGAGGAAGAGAGAAGUGAGGAGCCAGGAGGAGGAAGAGGGCUCCUUGUCCUGUGACAUCAAACUGGACGAGUCCCUGGACCGCACGCUGGAGGACGGAGCCAAGCAGCACAACCUGACCGUGGUCAACGUCAGGAACAUCCUGCACGAGGUGAUCACCAACGAGCACGUGGUGGCCAUGGUGAAAGCAGCCAUCAGUGAGACAGAGGAUAUUCCUUUGUUU